AUGGCUAAGGACCGUUACUUUGGGAUGCGGGGCAACCCUCUCGUGAUAUGGAUCACAGUAUGCUGCACCUCUGCCAUGGCCCUGUUCGGCUACGAUCAGGCUGUGUUCAGUGGUAUCAUUGUGACCCAGGACUUCCUCGACACCAUGGGCAAUCCUGAUGCCAACCUACAAGGCACCAUCACUUCGCUGUACGACGUGGGUUGCUUCUUCGGCGCAGUCUCGGGUUCCGCCUUCGGCACAGUUCUCGGCCGCAAACGAUCCGUCAUCCUCGGCACCGUGGUCAUGAUGAUAGGCGCCAUCCUGCAGAUUACGGCAUACAGCGUGCCUCACAUGAUUGUCGGUCGCCUGGUUGCCGGGCUGGGCAAUGGCCUCAACACAGCGACGGCACCUGUCUGGCAAAGCGAAACGACCAAGCCCUCGUGGCGAGGAAAGCUUGUCGUCCUGGGCUUGGUGGUCAACGUCGUCGGCUUUUCCCUGGCGAAUUGGGUCACCUUUGGCUUCUCGUACCUGAAGGGCAGCAUUGCUUGGCGUUUCCCUCUCGCCUUGCAGCUUCUCUUUGGAAUUGUCAUCCUCUCCACCAGCCCUUGGCUUCCUGAGUCUCCUAGAUGGCUCAUCUCCAGAGACCGCGUCGGGGAGGCCAACACAGUCCUGGCUGACCUCCAAGGAGAGGGGGCGACUGAGUUCACCCCCGUCGUCGUGGCCGAGCGCAACGAGAUCUUGCGCGCCUACCGCGCCGAGAAGGAGAACGGCAUCACCUGGGGCAAACUCCUCCGCGGGCAGACUGAGGGCAGCGGCGCCGGUAUCCUACGACGCUUCAUCCUCGGUCUGGGCACCCAGACCAUUGUCCAACUUUCCGGCAUCAACGCCACCUCGUAUUAUCUCCCGACCGUGCUGACCCAGUCCGUUGGUCUCAAGGAGAAGCUCGCGCGGCUCCUGACCGCCGUGAACUCGGUGCACUACAUCUUCUUCUCGUGGCUCGGCAUGAUGCUGAUUGACAAGUGGGGACGUCGCGGGGCUAUGCUUUUCGGAACAAGCGGCUGCGCAGUGUGCUAUCUCGUACUGAUGCUGCUGAUCCGGGCUAAUCAAUAUACCGACGACAGCAGCAAGUCAUACGACUACGGCGCGGCAUCCGUCACGAUGAUCUUCCUCUUCUAUGCCUUCUUCGGCACAGGGUGGCAGGGCACCGCUUGGUUGUACAACACCGAGAUCAACUCCCUCGCAAUGCGUAUGAAGGGCGCGUCGGCCAGUGCGGCGGCGCAGUGGGCCGUGAACUACAUGGUCGUCCAGAUCACUCCAGUUGGCAUCCAGAACCUGGGCUGGAAGUUCUACCUGAUCUGGGUCUUCUUUAACACUUUCUCCAUUCCCUUCCUCUACCUGUUCUACCCCGAGACGGCCAACAGGCGGCUCGAGGAUAUCGACAUCGUCUUCGAGGAGGGCCUGCGUACCUGGGUGUUCCUCGACAAAGAAGCCACGCAAGUCAGGCGCCCCGACCGUUUCAUCGCCCUGGACCAGCAGGAAGUUGCGCAUGUUGAGGGGGACAUCAAGGCGGGUCAAGAUGUCCAGCAUGCAGAACUUGCUUAA